UACUCUGUGAAAAAAAGGAAAAAAAGAAACCUCAAAAAACAGAACAGAAUAGAGCAGAACACAUACCUUAAUUCGUAGGUUCUCUUUAAUCUUUCUAAGGUUUCAGGAAAUGUACGGACAGACCGCAAGUGAGGCCAAUUUCGCUCAUCUUGAAUCGGUUCGCAGGCACUUACUAGGAGAAUCCAUGGCUUCUUGCAAUAAUUCCGCUCCCGCUACUACUCCUGUGUAUUGCCGGAGCUCAAGCUUUGGCAGCUUGUACUCUUGUUUAACGGAAAAUUGGGGUGAUUUGCCGCUCAAAGUCGAUGAUUCUGAAGAUAUGGUGCUUUACGGCGUCCUUCACGACGCUCUCACUGUUGGCUGGGUCCCUUCCCUCAUGUCUGAGCCGCAGCCGGAUUUUCCUCCGGUGAAAUUGGAACCGCAGGAGAAUUUCUCGGUGUUGCAGGAGAGUUUUGCAGCUCCGGCAAAUAUUGUGCAGCCGCCGGAGGGGAUUGCGACGCAAGCUAAAGCUGCUACGCCUGCCAAGGGGAAGCAUUAUAGGGGAGUCAGGCAGCGGCCAUGGGGGAAGUUCGCUGCUGAGAUUCGAGACCCGGCAAAAAACGGGGCUCGGGUUUGGUUAGGGACAUUCGAGACAGCGGAGGAUGCGGCUUUGGCAUAUGAUCGCGCCGCAUAUAGAAUGCGUGGGUCGAGGGCUUUGUUGAAUUUCCCAUUGAGGGUGAAUUCCGGGGAGCCGGACCCUGUGAGAGUGACUUCGAAGAGGUCAUCACCGGAGCCAUCAUCUUCGACAUCAACAGGGUCGGAGAGUGGGUCGCCGAAGAGGAGAAAGAAGGGUGUGAGCUCCGCUACGACGAAGGCUUCUGCUACUACAGUAGUGUCUGAUCACGAAGGCAGAUUGAAAAUGGAAAAUGCAGCUAGAUAUAAAGUGGCAUCAAGUACACAUGGCGAGCAGCUAUUGGUUAACCAAUAAUACUCAAAGUGAAUGCUCUGCACAUUGAGUUGCACCAAAAUGAAAGAAGGUUGAUACUGUAGAUUGGAGUUGUAAAAUUGUCCACGAGCAUUUUCAUAAAUUUUGAAGUUUCUUGAAAAGCAUAAAAAAGGAAGAAAGGAAGCUGUUUGGCUUGUGAAUACAGAUUUGUUGUUUGUUUGAUGGAAUCUUUUUCUUUAUGGAUAUAUUUUUUGGCACUUUUUAUUAUUUAUUUAUUUUUAGUUUUUAUAAAUAAAAAAUAAAUAAAAUUAUCUCUAAAA